GAAUCGAUGUCUCGAUUUUUACAUUUCGGUGUCGUUUCGCCUACCGUAUUGAAGCUAUGACGUUGCCUCUGCCUCGGCCCAACUGGCAUUCACGGUCCCACAUCUUAGUGUGGGCUUGAAUAGACCUCACACGAGCAAUCGACAAUGCUACCCAGCUUGCAGCCGUCGCGGCCAAAGCUUCAACAACAAUCCACAAACUCAACAUACACGUACCAACAAAGGCGCGCAGGACAUGAAGCUUCUCAAGGUCAACAGGCACCAAACAUCCAGGCACCUCAUUCGAACCGGAAACCACAAUCCCAGAUUGAGGCGAUGCCCCCCUCUGGGUCCAUACCAGCUCGGGCUUCCUUCUUCCCACCACCGGCCAUCUAUGAUAGCGCAAAGUGCCAUCCGGUUUUCUUCACAACGAACUUGAGGAAGCCGCCGUUUGCGAUACCUCAGAUAGCAACUCAGGGGUGGAAUCCAGUUGCGAGCGGGUACAUAAUGGAGCAAAGGAAGCCAGUAGGGGCUGAUGUUGGACCUAAGACGAAGUUGUGAUGAAAUAUUUACAUUGAUAGCAUUGAAUGGCGUUACGGAGUAUGAUUUUUUAGAGCUGAGUAUUGGAGACAGACGUUACUUUAAUCUGUGUAUGCCGGCUCUCUCGUUGUAAGAGGCAUAAUAUUCUAUAUGUUGUAUUCCAUGAACCACACGCGAAGAAGUACUGCAACAAUGCUUCUUCAAGAUACACGCCAGUUGCAACUUUGAUAGCGUUUCGCUCCACGCGCCGAUCACAAGAAUCUGUA